GGAUAUCCAACCGCUAAUACAAUUAUAGACAAUAUCACAUGUGGUCAUGAGCUUCUAAGACGUGGAAACAUUAAUCACCGGCAACACAACGCAUUUAUGUGUACGACAAUACUUGUCGUGUUUUUCAUUACGUAUGAUCAACAAUAAAAUCAAAACAACAACAUUGUUUUAGAGGAAAAAUGGCGUUGCAAUUCAGCAGCGCCUGUAACUUUGCUUUGAGCCACCAUAGAAAAGGUGAACGAAUAAGGGCCGUUGCAUCCGACAAGGUGAAAAUCCAAGAAGAUAAUCUUGUGAAAUUGGGUGGUUCUGAUUUGAAGCUCACAAAGCUUGGGAUUGGAGCUUGGUCAUGGGGUGACACUAGUUACUGGAAUGAUUUUGAGUGGGAUGAUAGGAAGAUGAAAGCUUGUAAGAAUGCUUUUGAUGCAAGUAUCGAUAGUGGUAUAACUUGGUUCGAUACUGCUGAGGUUUAUGGAUCGAGGUUCUCAUUCGGUGCUAUAAAUUCUGAAACAUUGCUCGGAAGAUUUAUCAAGGAACGGAAGCAAAAGUAUCCGGAAGAUGAGAUAGCCGUUGCAACUAAAUUCGCCGCAUUGCCAUGGAGGCUUGGGCGCCAAAGCGUCCUCUCAGCCCUUAAGGACUCACUGAGUCGACUCGAGCUUGACUCUGUCGAACUUUAUCAACUCCACUGGCCAGGAAUCUGGGGAAAUGAAGGAUACAUUGAUGGUCUUGGAGAUGCAGUUGAGCAAGGGCUAGUGAAGGCUGUUGGAGUCUCCAACUACAGCGAAAAGCGUCUUCGUGAGGCUUAUAAGCAGUUAAAGAAACGAGGCAUUCCCCUGGCUUCAAAUCAAGUCAAUUACAGUCUCAUAUACAGGAUACCCGAAGAGAACGGUGUGAAGGCCACGUGUGAUGAACUCGGUAUCAGUUUAAUCGCGUAUUCGCCUAUUGCUCAAGGUGUUUUAACCGGAAAGUAUACACCACAGAACAUCCCUACAGGUCCUCGGGGAAACAUUUAUACUGCUGAAUUCUUAACCGAACUGCAACCUCUUUUAAACAGGAUCAAUGAGAUUGGCCAAAACUAUAACAAAACUCCAACACAGGUGGCUCUCAACUGGUUGAUAGCACAAGAUAAUGUGAUCCCUAUUCCAGGAGCCAAAAAUGCGGAACAAGCGAAAGAGUUCGGCGGGGCAUUGGGUUGGAGUCUAACUAGCGAUGAGGUUAACGAGCUUCGUGAUUUGGCUUCAAAAUCAAAACCCGUAAUAGGUUUUCCUGCUGAGAAGUUGUAAACGAGAAAAAUAUAUGUUUUUAUUUCAUUUUGAUCAUACAUUACAUAUGUGUAUAUGUAUAUGAUACAUUAAUGAGGAAAAAAAAAUAGUCUCAAUGUUUACACAAUA